AUGCUUCAAUCCCCAGGCCACUCUCCGCUUCAUCUCUCUUCACCAUCUCCUUCAAUUUCCGAAUUUUCGAUCCAAAACCCUAAAGAUUCUGGUUCCAGUAUUCAACCCCAGAAGAAACAGAGGAACCCAACGGUUCUCGAUGAAGACACGUAUGCCGAAGCAUUGGAGAAGAUAAUCGAGCGUGAUUACUUUCCUGACAUCUCAAAGCUCCGUGAUCGACUCGAUUGGCUUGAAGCUAUCAAAACCGGCGAUCCUGUUCAAAUUCGCGAUGCCCAAUUGAAAAUCAUCGAGCGUCGGCGUGGAGGAAAGGUAACCCCUUUGAAUCCUCUCGAUUCAAGAAAUUCGCAUACUCCGGGUUCUACUUUUGUCAGAAAUUUCACUCCUUUAGAUGAAUUUGAUGGUAAAACACCUAUAACACCUGGUUAUACUGCUUCUGUGGGAGAUAAAGAGGAGGUUAGUGCGGUUGAUACUUCACUUGGGCUUGAUCAGUUUAUGGGUAGGUAUACAAGUGAGGAUAAUCAUAGUUUUUCGAAGAUUUUGGAGAGAGUGAAUAGGAAGAGGAAAGAGAGGUUUGGGUAUUUGAAUGAUAAUAUGAAUGCUAAUGCUAUUGAGGAUGAAAAGAGGGAUAGAAUAACUGAUGGUUAUGGUUCCUCUUAUCAACCUCUUAGUACAUUGGAAGGAUGGAAUUAUACUGCUAAGAAUUUGUUGAUGUAUCAUCCUGCUGAUCGGGGUGAGGUUCCUUUGACUGAGGAGGAAAGGGCUGUUAGAAUUAAAGCCUCUACGAAGGAGAUUGAUCGGCCAAAUACUAGGUUUCAUGGUAAAAUGGAUUCUAGGCCGAAAGAUGAUGAAACUAUUGAGGUGCUUUAUACUCCUGUUGCGGGUGCUACUCCGGUUCCUAUGUCUUUUAGAGAUGGGGAUAAAUUGAAGAAGUAUGAUUUGGAGGAUUUGAGGAAGACUCCCAAUCCGUUUUAUUUGGAGUCCGAGAAGAAAGCUGAGAAUGGUUAUAGCUAUGUUAAGACACCAUCUCCUGCGCCAGGAGCUGAUGAGUCUCCUUUUAUUACUUGGGGAGAAAUUGAAGGGACACCACUGAGGUUGGACAUGGAGGAUACACCGAUUGAUAUUGGUGGUAGUGCUGAUGGACCUCAUUAUAGGAUUCCUUCUGCUCCGGCCAGAGAUGCAAAAGCACACUCACUUUCUAGGGAGGCUGCUCGUAAUCUGAGGGAGAGGUCGAAGAUGUUUCGUAAACCCCCGUUGGCAUCACCAGCUAGAGGUGGAAGUGCUACUCCGAGCAUGCGGACGCUUUCUCCUGCUGCUCAGAAGUUUGUCCGGAAUGCGAUUGCCAAGUCGUCAUCAACUGUUGACGAGACACUCCGUGCAAGUUACCGUGGUUCUACUCCUGCUUUGGCUACUCCUACAAGAGUUAGAAGUGUAUCAAGGCUUGGUAGAGACGAGAGCUUGGUUUCCAGGUCUCCAUCUGUUAGAGAGGGCUCCAAUCCUCCUUGGUGA